UCUGGAUGUGUGUGUUGAUUAACCAAGUGGGGCAGCCUCAGGAACACUGUGGUGGUCAGGUUGAUUUGUGGCCAGGCUCAAAGGCAAGAGAGCUGCUGAAGACAUGUAUGGAACUAGCAGCAGUAUGGGACAAUGCAACUCAUAACCACACAAAGACGGCUAAGAACAAACUGGGAUUCGGUGGUGGCUUCGGCUAUCCAUGGCUGAUUCCAUGGUAGCAUUGGCCAUUGGUCUGUCUGCUGUACUUCUCUUUCUUUUGCUGAUUGGCGUGACAGCGUAUCUCUUAUGGAAGAAGAGACAGAACCAAAGACGUGACGGGCAACUGAUCAGCACUAAUCCAGUUAUUCCACCAUGCACGCCUGUGCUCCAAACAACACAAAGUAGCAGCUAUGGUAGUUUGGCUGAAGUUCCCUUCUUUCUGCCCCCGAGUUUCAAGAGUUCAUCCAAUUCAGCAGUGCCUGAAGAGAGGGAGGAGGUGGAGCAUUGGGAGCAGCACCCACAUUUGCAUACCCAGCGUGGCUCUCUAACAAUUGGCAGCUGGUUCCCACUGGGCAGCCUGAGGCCAGAUCUGUACCAACUUCCUGAAGAGCCAAGUGAGUGGGCACAGCCCAGUGGCUCCACUGUACGCCUGUGUUUUGCUGUGCAGUAUCAGCAGGAACAAGAGCAGCUGGUGGUUUCCUUGCUUCAAGCUGCUAACCUGCCAGCACAGUGCCAAAGCAAUGCCACAUUGGUCAAACUGCAGCUGCUGCCAUCUGAAGAUCGACACCAUCGUCAGGCCAAGGCCCGGUGCAAGGGCUGCCACCCACAGUUCAAUGACACCUUUGUGUUUCAGGUAUCUACAAACAGCAUGGACCAGUUUACUCUACGCAUGAGUCUGUACAGUGUGGACAGACUGAAGAAACACCACCUUGUGGGCCAUGUUCUGUUCCCUCUCAGACACUCCGAACUGCAAAAGGCAGCGGGCAAAGUCCUUUGGAGAGACCUUGAGACUGAGAGUGAUCUGCCACUUUCAAAGCAUGGCAAUAUCCAAGUGUCUCUGAACUACAGUAACUCUCUACAGCGCCUCACUGUGGUUGUGCUUAGAGCCCGAGGACUCCAGUGUCCCAGCAAUGCUGAUGUUUCUGUCCAAGUUUCUCUGCAGAUACACACACAGGUAGUGAAAACAAAGUGGACACCUGUAACCAGAGGCAGCAACCCUACUUUUAAUGAGAAGCUGACGUUCAGGCUUCUCCCUCUGCAGCUAGAUGCGGCAUGUUUGAGCCUGGAAGUCCAGCAGGUAGCCCUCGGAGAGCCUGCCGAAGAGCCCAGUACCAGGAAAAGGUCACCAAUAUCACUUGGAGUGGUGGUCAUUGGACCAUUUAUGUAUGCCAGAGGCAGGGAGCUGGAGCAUUGGAAUGAAAUGAUCAGUAAAUCACAAGAGCUGGUCAAGCAGUGGCAUGGACUGGGAGCGACUAACUCAUAGACCAUCUUGAGCAAAACAACCUGCAGUUUCCUUUAAAAUAUGUCAUAUAUUUACGCUUCAAUAUUUUACAACAUUUAUAAAUAAAUGGUAAAGAAAUGCAAUAAUAAGAGCAGUAGAAGCAGACAAGUUGGAACAUCUAGAGCAGAAAUAACAUACAGUAACAUAACAGUUCUGAAAUGCCAUACUUAACAUAAAAAAGGCUUUCUUUAAGAAAUGAAGAAAUGGCAUACUUAACAUAUAAAAAGCUAAAUUUUUUAUAAUAAUAUAUUCUUUUUUCAGAUAAAAAGUAUUUGAUAUAAUUACAAGCAAAAAAAUCUGGAUUUAAUUUCUGUAAUCAUUUGACAUACAGAUAAAACAGAAAUAAAUUUGCCUGUAAACUCUUGCCAUAUUAUAAUGAGGAAAACCUUUUAAUAUAUUUGUCUAGUCUUUGUAUUGACAUAAAAUUGCGAGUUGUGUAGUGUAGAAAGU